AUGCCGCACCCCGCUGCCGACACCGCCCCCCGCCCCGCCGCCCUGGCGUGUGCGCAGUGCCGCAGUCGACAUCUCAAGUGCGAUGGCGGCCGCCCGGUGUGCCGCCGAUGUGCCGUCGAGGGCUGCGAAUGCCAUUACACGCCAUCACGACGCGGCCAGCGACGACGAGUCCAGCGCCGCUCUUCCCAUGGCAACGGCAGCGCGACUGCUUCGGUCGCCGGCGACGACAUUUCCCCCUCUACCGCCCAGCCUUGGACGAAUCAGCCUUGGCCGGGGAUGGAUGUGCUGCCUGCCAUCCACCCGUUGCCGCCUGACGGCCUGCUGGAGCAGAAUCUGCCGCUCGGCGACCACGACUCUACCCUGACAGAGCUGUACUUCACCAACUUCCAUCAUUCCCAUCCCGUGCUACCGCCGAAAAUCGCUUACAAGGCCCUUCCCGUUCCGGAAUGCUUACGCGCGGUCGUGCGCUUCAUCGCGAGCAUCCUGGCUUCCAGUCCGGCCGUCGACACGUACAAGGAUGCCGCUUGUGCUGCGCUAAAGGAGGAUCUCUCCUGGACGGCCUUCCGCGUGCAGGCGCAGCUUCUUUUCGCCAUCGCCCUGUAUUCCACCAACGAGCAGGCCGAGGCGCAAAAGUACCUCCAAAACGCCGUGGAUCUGGCGUGUCUGCUCGGCAUGAACCGUGCCGGCCAUCAGCUGCUGGAGGAGAGUUUCAGGCGGACCUGGUGGGAGUUGUUCAUUAUUGAGGGCAUGUUCGCCGCGCUGCAGAAGCAAGCGUCAUUCCGCUGUAACACGGUCGAGCUCGGCGCUGGUCUACCCUGCGAGGACCCUACUUUCCUCAGUGGCGUGAAUUUACCCAAAGCGCCCACCCUGGCACAGUUUGAUAACCGGGUUUUCGAGGAUGAAGACAUUUCAUUCUCCUCCUACUGCUAUCGAAUAGAGGCCGUCCGCAUUCUGGCCCGAGUCCUCGCGGUAGCAGAAGACCCCGAUGUGGAAAAGGACGAAUUCACCGCCGUCGACAACGCCCUCGCUGGCUGGCGAUAUCACCUCCCACAGUGCAAAGCGGACAUUGCACGCAGCCAAAACGCCGGCGAGCCCGACGAGCUCAUGUUCCAAGCGUACCUCAUCAUCAACAACGCCACCAUCAUGCUGCACCUCCCCCGCAGCAACCUCCGCUCCAUCCACCCCCUCACAACCGACACCACCUGCUGUCCCUGGUCCCGCCCGCUCGCCCCGACCUUCAGCCAACACAACCAUCUCAUGAAAGUCACCGCCGCCUCCCAAGGCCUCUCCGACCUCGCCGCCCUCCGCUGCGCCCACGACCACACCCCCUUCCUCGCCUCCGGCCUCAUCGUCGCCUCCCUAGUGCAGCUGAGCAUCUGCUCCCUCCAUGCCUCGCACUGCAUCACCCAGCACCGCGAGCGCGUCAUGCUCAUGAUCGGCGUGCUCAAAUCCCUCGGCCGCAUCUGGCCGCUCGCCCAAAGCGGGCUGACGCAAGUCCGCUCCCACGCCAAAGAGGUGCUGCAGCGCCCGCUCGACACCACCGCCGCGGGCUCGCUCGACCCGGCGGGCGAGGAGGCGGCCAACGGCGAGUUCACGCAGAUUGACAUUUCGUGGAUGGACGAUUUGCUGCAGAACCCGGCGAGCUCGGUGGUGCAUGGCGCGCAUUUGCAGCAGCAGCAGCAUUCGAAUCAGCUUCCGCAUCAUCCGCAGCAACAGCAGCAUUCGCAUCAGCUGCAUCCGCCGCAUCAUCAGCAUCCGCCUUUGAUGAUGGGCCAGCCGUCGCAGCAUUUGUCGACGGCCACGACGCCCUUGACUUAUGACUCGUUUCUCGAUAUGUGA